UGUGGGAAUAGGAAGUGCGUGACAGUCGAUUCAAAACAAAACACAUCACAACUUAACAACAGCGACAGCGACAGCGAAAGCCUAGCAACGGAUCAUUCUAACCCUCGUAGAAAGAAUAAAGUAUCAGCUUAGACGGGAUCCGAAACGGAACAAAACGGAUCAGAUCAGAUCGGAUCGGGACAUUCGAUGUGCAGUGAAGUCAAGUGGAAAAUAGCCAGGAAUAAUUAAUUUUGUAUAACGACAAGUUUACUGCCGUUUAAUGCACAGAGCCGCCUAGUUGUUAAAUUCAACUAUUAUUUUUAUGAUAUAUGAAAAUCAGAACAAAUUAAUACGCUGCAGGGGCCAUGCAAAUUGAUCCCCCUGAUCGGUAACGGCAUAGGAAUCGGAAUUUUAAUCUGAAUCAAUCUCAAUCAAAAAGCUGGAUCGGCAGACCUGUUAAUAGUUUAAUUUGCGGCCAUAAAUAAUAACACAAAGAUUAAUUGAUUUUCGUCAUAAAUCAGUAAAUAACCAAUCAAUUUCCAAGCGGUUGCGAUAUCCAUACCGAAACCGCCCCCCGCCCGAUCCAAAGCAAAGCAAAGCCGUUCCUUUCCUUUCCAUCAAGUGCAAUCAGUAUAAGAAAAGUAACAUAAAUCCGGUCGGUCAGAGACACAUUUUCAAAGUGCUGAAAUGAAACUAUUUACCAACAAAAACCAGCGCAAUGCAAAGCUGCUGCGAUGUGCUGCACUCGGAAUGACCCUGUUGUUCUUUGGGUCGCUCAUUCUGGUAUCGGACCCGGUGCAGAGUAUCUUGGAUGUGCAAUUGAACCUGAAGCCCGGCAGUUUGCUCUACCUUUUGUGGCUCGAUCCCCCCAUCGAUGUGUACAUCAAUGUCUACAUGUUCAACUAUACCAAUGUGGACGCCUUCACGGACGGCAUCGACACCAAGCUGAAGCUCGAUGAGGUCGGCCCAUAUGUGUACAAGGAGGUGCUCACGAACCACAACAUAACCCUGAACGAGGCCAACAACACGAUAUCCUAUUCGCCGCGACGUGAGUACAUCUUUGUGCCGGAGCGAUCCGUGGGCGAUCCGAAGGUCGAUCACAUUCGAGCACCCAACAUUCCCUUGAUGGGAGUGACCACCCUGGCCUCCAGCCUCUCGGUGUUUGCCUCGCUCGGGUUAAGUGCUGUUGCCAAGCGUCUGAACGCUCAACCUAUGCUGGAGAUGAGUGUCCACGAGUACAUGUGGGGCUACGAAGAUCAUUUGGUCGAGCUGGCUGCCAAGUUUGUCCCCAGUUGGAUUGAUUUCGCCAGCUUCGGCAUCAUGGAAAAGCUUUUCCGUGAGGGAAACGAGAGCAAUGUGGUCAAUAUGAAUUUGCCAGAGCUCAAGGAUAAAUAUGGCGUUAAGCUACCCGGCUCUCCGCGUGGCUAUACGCUGGACAGCAUCAAUGGAGAACGCGGAUUCACGCGCUGGGAGUACGAUGAGCAGACCAAUGGGACGAUGUGCAAUCGCAUUUGGGGCAGCCACGAUGCCACUCUCUUCCCGCGUGAUAUAAACGAGAAGGACGCCUUCUAUCUGUAUCGCCGAACCUUCUGCCGUAAGCUGCCGCUGAAGUUCAAUAGCACCCGGACGUACAACGGCAUCGAUGGGUACGAGUUUGUGAUGGAGCCGGAUGUCUUCGACAGUGAGCUGGGAAACCCAAAUUCCUCGUGCUUCUGCAAGAACAAUCGCUGCCUAAAGAAGGGCGUCGGCAGCGUCUCGCCUUGCUACUACAACAUUCCACUGGCCAUCACCUAUCCUCAUUUCAUGCAUGGCGAUCCUAGCCUUCUGGAACCAUUCGAGGGUCUCCAACCGGACGAGUCCCGCUUCAGCUCUGUCUUCGUGGUGCAACCACAACUGGGAGCUCCCAUGCAGGGCACACAUCUGCGACUGCAGGCCAAUCAGGUGGUGGGUAAAGUGAACUUCAACAGCCUAAUGGAACCCUUCGAGGAUAUGGUGCUGCCGCUGCUAUGGGUCGAUCUCAACAUCGAUGUGCUCUCCUUCAGCCUGCGGAUGCUCAUUCAUGGAAUCAAAUGGGGCUUCCAUCUGCUCCAGUGGACCGCCGCCCUGGGAAUGCUGCUGGCCGGCGUUUACCAAUUGUGUUCGGCUCUAAUGGUUUGCUUCUGGCCCUCAGUCCACCAGCAGCAGUUCCUGAAGGUGGAGCAGGCCGAGAAGGGAGGUCGGCCUGGAAGUCUGACUCUAGCGGUGGCGACACUCCGCCAAUCCUCGGUUGUGGCGUCGCUGCAGAUGGCGCAGGAGCAGGAGGAGCAGCAUCUGCUGUCCAGCGGCAGUAGUAUUAAGCCCAAUUUGCCAGACGCUUAGGCUUUCUAGAACUCAAGAAGGGAUGAUCCAAGGCGAAACUUGGGACGCCCACUGUGAUAUUAUGAGUUAAGAUUCGGUGUAAAUUAUUUGUGCUAAUUGGAAACAACUUAGGGAACAUUCUAUGCUUACGUAAUAGUUAACGAUAACGAUAACGCUAGGGGUACAGUUACUUGUAGCGUAUGCAAUGUACAGUUGAGUUGUCCUCUCGAUAAAUACAGGUCGAUAGCUAUGUA